AUCCCCGAUCGCGUAUCCAGCAGCCCCAAAUCACUUGAUCACCAGGGGAAGAUGGGCGCCCCCCCUUACACAUCUAAAGGUUGUGCAAAUUGCAGGAAACGCCGAAUCAAGUGUGACCUUGGAGAGCCAGAAUGUGCUAGGUGUAAGAAAAAAGGUAUCUUAUGCCCUGGCUAUGAUCCGCACCGAAACUUUCUCUACCAUACGAUAGUUUCUCGCCAGGAACGUAAUGGAGUUGCCUUGUCCUCAAGACCUGUUGCUCAGCUUGUGAGCCAUCUAAAACCCCUGGCCCUAGCCCCAGUGUUCAACACGAACGCCGAACUGCGAACCCAGCUGUUCUCGACUUAUAUGGGGGUCUACUUCGCGCCCAAUAACUAUCUUAAUGGCGAUGAUGAUAGCUGGUACUUUUUGAUGAGUCGCUUUCCAAACCUAGCAGGAGAGUCUGAGCUGUUCGACCGGUCCAUCAUCUCACUGGUCUCGGUCUAUCUGGGAGGAAAGACUGGCGAUGCCAAUCUGGCCCGUCACGGGCUUGAGCUCUAUAACAGCGGGCUGAAGAUGCUGGCGCAAUUUAUCCAUCGAAAUCGCAAGCCAUCGCUAGAUAUUCUCUACGCGACAAUUGUAUUCAGUGCAUAUGAGACUAUGCAUGGUGGGGGCGAUGCCCUACGCAACUGUUUUUUACAUGUUCAAGGGGUCUCUGCUGUCUUCAAGCAGCUUGACCUUAGUCACUGCAGGGACAAAGAUUUGGUGACUUCGUUGUUAAACCGCCAGAAAUGUUGCGUCACAUGUUUUGGCUUCGACCCCAAGUUCCAGCGAGAUGUGGAUUGGGCUUGUCUGACGCUUGGGCUGAAUAAAACUCCAAUGGAUAAGACUUUUGAUCUACUCCGCGAGUGUGGGGCGUUACAGAUCGAAUUGGCGGCAAUCGUCGCGCACCACCAAGCACCAGACCGUGAAUCGAAAUGUCAAAGGCUGCUGCAUCGCUGCUUAGCGCUCGACUCCGGGAUCACAUUCGACCGGCUUGAGCUUGAUGAUUACCCCUCCCUUUGCCCAAGGAGCGACUUGGCCUGCCAGCCUACGCUCUUGCCCCCGGAUCCAAGCAUGAAGCCGUAUAGAUUCCCAGCCUUGAGUAACGCGAAGAUAUUCCUGCUCUUCUGGAUAGCACGCACGGUACUUCGCCGAUGUGUCUACCAAGCUGAAAAGACCCUUAACAAAUGUGCGGACGCUACUCGUAUGCGCCAAUGUGCCGGAGAGAUAUGCCGCGCGGUAGCAUUUUGCAUGCAACCCAGCAACCAGAUGUCAUCGGGGCACGCCGUGAUGGUUGCGACUUCUCAAGCCAGCAAAUGCUACAUUGACUGUGGUGAUAGGGAUAUGUUCUUAUGGUGUCAAGGGGUCUAUUCUAUCCUGCAAUCCCAUGGCCUGGACAUAGCGGGGGCUAUGAGUCAGAAUGACAGGGGUUUGUGGGCCAUGGCGAACGGCGAAAUCAACUGAGACUGUAUAAUGCGACAACAAUAACAAUUCCAGUGAGCUACCAACGUCAAGACGUGGUCCGGAGGGAAUCAAAGCCACCCUCUUCAAGCCCCUCCCCAUUCGAAACAUGGCUUCUCAUUUCCGUGCGCCACAGCCAAGGCCCUAGCCGAAGAGACGAUUAGCCGAAAGCUUCCAUGCAGACUCAAUUAAAGAGCCGUCCACUGACGCGGCCAAAGCCGACCAAGCCCAUUAGCGUAGUGGGCACGACAACGGUGGGUUGACAAAUUGGAUUGUGAACAG